UACUAAUUCAAUCCUACAUAAAUCUGGAUUUAAUAAAAAUUUUAAACUUCGCAAAAGAAAAGUUAGAAAUACAAGCUCAUGGCCCUGUUCAUCGUAUUAUUACUACUUGGCAGCUGUUGCAAUGGCUGAUUCUGGUUUUCUUAUAUGCCUAUUUAUAGUGUGGUUAACCUAUCUGAAUAUAAAUCUUUAUAAUAGAAAUGGUAUUUGUCAAAUUGUGGUAUAUUUAACGUACGUUUUUAGUUUUGUAUCAGUCUGGCUUAUUGUGGCAUUUACAAUUGAAAGAUUUAUUGCUAUCUAUUUCCCAUUUCAAAGACCCUCGGUUUGCACGGUUAAAAGGGCUAAAAUGAAUAUAAUUAUAAUCGUGACAAUAGGAUUUAUUCUUUAUCCCUUCAUAUUAUUUUCAGCUGGUAUUAUAUAUCCGAUAAAGGAAGAAAACUUGUAUAAGACUUACAAUUAUAGCUUAAAUAAUGAUAAAAUAAUUAUGGCCUAUUAUAAAUUUACAAAUGAUAAUCGUACAAGAGCUAAUAUUAAUGACAAUAACAUCAGUUCAAACUCAUGGAUUAUAUUCAGAUCCCAUAUAAAUAUAUACGAUAAAAGACAUCACUUUUAUUCAAACUCAAAUUUAUAUUUCGAGAAAACUAUUUAUCACAAUGAAUCUCAAAUCAAAACAUAUAAGUUUAUGGAAAGUGGAAAAUACGGAAUUCAAGAUGAAAUUGAACCUGAAUGUACACUUAAGUUGGAAUAUAUAGUUGCCAUGAAUAUAUUUAAUCAUAUUGACAAUUUUGUCACACUAUUUAUUCCUUUCGCGAUUUUAAUAACAUUUAAUAUUAUGAUAUGCAGGAAAAUAGUAUUUUUUUUAAAAAGUCAUUCAUAUUUAUACAAAGAAAAUGAAAUUUCUAGUGAUUCAUACAGUAACGUUAAUAAUCGCAACAAUUUACAAAAAAUCCCAACGAAAUGUUCAAAAUCAAUAAACCUUUUGUACAAAUUUAAACAAAGGUAUGAUGGGUGCAAGAAAAAAAAAUAUACAAAGAAUUUGCCGAAUAAUUUAGAAAUCCAUCAAUUAAUGUGUGACAAUGUUGAAAGAAACGAAGAGAUCUUAAAUAAUAAAAUUAAUAUUAAAGGAAUUAAAUUUAAACUGCAACCACAUUCGUCUAUCAUUCACACAAAAGAAUCGUUGUGCAAAUUUGUCUAUGACUCUAAGAAUUUCCCUCAUUCAUUUAAAUAUCGAUUUCAUAAUCCACAAGCCAACUAUAGAGUGCAAUCAAAGGUAAUUUGCUAUAAUUCCAAACGAAAAGGUAUCCUAACAAAAACAGUAAAAAAAGGUUUCCCUAAUAUAUUUACAAGGAGUCAAAUGAGUAUCACUAAAUUGGUUUUGAUAAUAUCAAGUGUUUUCUUAUUGCUGAACUUCCCUUCUUACAUCUUGAGGAUCAGAGUGUAUAUCAUGAAUUUGGCUUAUGAGGAUUAUAAAUAUACAAAGAAAUUCACUAUACUAGAGAAAUUCUUUUUGUUGCUCUAUUAUACCAAUUUUUCAAUCAACUUUUUGUUGUACAGUGCUUGUGGUACCAAAUUUAGGAAAGUCCUUGUAUGUUUAUUUAAAAACAAUAAAUAAGCGUAU